AUGGAUAUCAUAUUAGGAAUAAGAGUAUCAGACGCAACAUUGAUUGCCACUUCGAAGGCUGCAACCAGAGGUAUAUCCAUUUUGAAGGAUAAUGACGACAAAACAAGACACCUCAAUGCCCACAACUUGAUUGCAUUCACUGGUGAAGCUGGUGAUACUAUACAAUUUGCCGAAUACGUUCAAGCCAAUAUUCAAUUAUACUCAAUGCGUGAGGAUGAUGUAGAAUUGUCACCAAAAGCCACUGCGUCAUUUGUCAGAAACCAAUUGGCCACGUCGAUAAGAUCUCGUAAACCAUACCAAGUGAAUUGCUUAAUUGCAGGGUACGACACCAAAACAGAAAAGCCGUCGUUGAACUAUAUUGAUUAUUUGGGAACGCAGGUGGAGUUGCCAUAUGGGGCACAUGGGUAUGCUGCGUUCUACGCCAUGUCGUUGUUGGAUAAGCAUUACAGAAAAGAUAUGAAUGUCGAUGAUGGGUUGAGGUUGAUGGAUAUGUGCAUAAAGGAGUUGCAAAAGAGGAUGCCCAUUGAUUUCAAGGGUGUUUAUGUAAAAGUAGUUGACAAGGAUGGUAUAAGGCAAGUAGAAUAA